GUAAAUAUUUGGUCUAAACAGGAUUAGAAAGCAGAGACUUAGACCUUGUCGUCGCUCAUGAGGACGCUAUCAAGCCCAGAAUGAGCAGGAGCAUAAGCAAAAGUAAUAAAAAUACGAACAUUCUUCGAGUCAGCAAGAUAAUUCCCCAAAUAAAACCAGCAAUAAUGUUCAAUGACCAUGAUUCUCCUAGCUUCAAGGUCCAAAAGCAGCUAAAAUCAAGGAAAGAGUCUUCCAAAACCUCCAAUAAAGAUAUGGCCAAGAGAUCAGAUACAGCAAAGCGCAAGAAGACAUCACCCUUCAUUAUAAAGAACACUCAACCAAAUGCACCUCUAAGUGAAAAAUCUGAAUCCAAAAGUUCAAACCAGAAGCACAGCAGAGCCACAAGCUCUAUGGACCGCUACAGCGAAGUCUUCAAAAGAUUCACAGCCAAAACAAACCUAAAAUACUGAACGAUUGAGAAUGGAGCAGAGGGAAGUGAACGGAAGGAGGAUGCAGAGGAGCUCAUUCUUCCCAAACCUCAGAAUCCUGAAGAAGAGGUGAACCCAAUAUUCCAACAACAAGGAUUUCAAAAUCUCAAAAAUCAAUCAAACCCAGGUCAAAUUCAAUUCUACAAAACCCAGAUACCCCCUGUCGAAGACACUGAAGUGUUAAAACCUCGCAUAAACCCUCAUUCAAAGCACAAGACCCACAUAAAAUAGGGCCAAUAGAAUCAAGGUUCAAAAAGUCCGUCAGCUACAGAAUCUAAAAUAAAGGACUUACCGAAUCUGACAUUGACAACAAGAAGGAAGACCCCAAGCCUUACCAAGAAGGCUACAUCAACUCAAGAGUCUGCACUACCAUAAUCAACAGACUUGGGCUCACAAAGAGACUCAACAGCAAUGAACUGCUUAUCAAAAGCAUUAUCAGAAAUAUCUCAUCUAAGCCAACAUCUGCUGAGUCAAAGAGAACCAAAAGGCCUAAAUCCAAAGAAAGGAAGUUCAGGGGGAGAAAGGCUUUUUACACCCGUAAAUUCACACAGUCAAAGUCUCCAGCCAAGCUUCUCAUGAGAAUGACCCUAAACAGCCGGAAUAACAGAUUGAGAGAUGAACUCAGAACUUACAAUGAGCCGACCGACGACUUAUCGUCAGAUAUGAAAACUUGUAUUAGCAUCAUAAAUCAAUGAACUAAGCCAGGGAAGAAAAGAAAGAAGAAUAAGUUUUCUCCGGUAACGAAUUCAAGGAAUGUGACUAACUUCGAGCAAGUGAGGUCUCCAUUUCAUCAAGAAGAACCUACCAGAGAGAUCCUAUUACGCCCAUCCACAUGAGAACCUCGUGAUACUUAUAAGUUCAAGGAGAUGGAUUCUACUUCUAGGGAGGAAGAAGUCCUCAUCCCAACAUCCAAAGAGAAUUGUAACUCUAAACGGUUAGAAUCUUUAAACACCCCGAAGGAAGGUAAAGAAAGCGAAAAGGUUGGACCGGAUCAUUUUUACAAGAUGUAUCCUCCAAUCGAUACUCCUAAGGAUUUGAAAUCCAAAAACAAGCGAUUGAAAAGGUUGAAGAAGGAAACUAAGGAAUUUUGGGACCCCUUCAGCUCUGUUUCGUUAAAAUAACAUUAACAAGUUCAGGGAUGCUAAUUUUACGAAUAAGUACCAAGUCAGUAUCGAUAAAUGUAAGAGAUUUAAACUGAUAAAGCGAGUCUCCAAAUCUCUUGGGAAGGAUGCAAAGAAAAUAGAGAUUUCAUCUAAGAAUUCAAACCUGAAUAAGUUCUUGAAGGAAGGCCACCAAGAGUUUUUCAUUAAGAUUUUGAAUAACUACUGGUUCAAGGAUUGUGAUGAGUUCAUUCAGACGAGAAAGAAGGCUUAUGUCGAACAGGAAAAGGGCAAAUUUAAGAAAAUGUUUGGCACACAAUAAAAUAUACCUCUCAA